UUUAAUCAAAGCCCCUGGGUUCUCAGUAGCCUCAAGAUGAAAAAUACAUUUAUUGGCUCCUGCUAUGGCCACUGGCCCGGAUACCUUACCUGCAUGUCAAAGCUGCUCUAGGUGACUUUCGUCUGUAAGGUGACUAAAGAUGACAUUUGGAACAAAAUUCAUCUAGGUGCAGAUAGUAGGCCCCAAAGUUUGGCAUCCUAGACACCUGGCCCCUAAAUUGGCCAGGUCACUGUUGAGGUUGAAUGGGCCAGUCUUGCAGCCUGAUGGUAGCUGCUAGUUUCCUAGAACACACUUAGUAGGUAAAGGUAUUGCCCUGAUUGGGUAUGCAGCACAGGCCCCGCUCCUAGACAGUCUUUAAAUAUUAACGUGUUAAAAGAAAUGACAAGCCUGUGUUUGGGCUAGAGACUGGGAUGUCCAGUUUCUAAGUAGGUUCCUUCGUUGUGAUAGCAACGAAAGGGUGCAUGAGUGAUGUUGAGAAACUCAAGAAGAGUUUUGUUCAGAAGUAUGCCCAGUGUCACAUCGUGGAAAAGGAUGGCAAGCACAAGACUGGGCUAAAACUCUGUGGUCUGUUUGGGCAGAAGACAGGUCAAGCUGCCGGAUUCUCUUACACAGAUGCCAAUAAGAACAAAGGCAUCACUUGGAGAGAGGAUACACUGAUGGAAGGAGUAUUUGGAGACUCCCAAAAAGUAUAUCCUGGAACAAAAAUUAUCUUCAUUGGCAUUAAGAGGAAGGGAGAAAGCACAGACUGGAUAGCUUAUCUCAAAAAAAGUAUAACAAGUAAUAGCUACUGCCUUAUUUAUUACAAAGCAGAAACAUUUCAUAGCUUUUUUAUCAAUUUAAUUGAUCUCAUAACAUCAGAAUUCAGAUCAUGA